AUGGAGAAAUGCGAACGAAUUCGGCGUAUGAAACAAUGCGUCAAUGAAAAAUUAGAUCUUCAGCUUAUUCUCGAUGAAUAUUCAUGGAUCAUCAUCAAUGAAAUCAGUCAAUCAAGCAAUGUACCAGUUCAUUACGUUUUUUUAACAACAAUUAUUGCAUUAUGUCAUUGGACCAUGGGUGCUUAUCUCAAAGGUGUUCAAGGAUAUAACAUACCUUUGAUUCUUUUCGGCAUUCUUUGUGGUGGUAGCGGUUCGAAAAAAAGUGCUCCAAUUCGAAUGGUGAAAGAAGCGUGUGAAGCAGUUGAGAUUUUAGACGGCAUUCCUAUGAAGAAAUCGUCUUUGAAUGCAUCAGUCAAUAUGGAGUCUCUCUGUUGUGAACUAGAACAACAGUCAAAUCUAUUGCAACUCUGGGAUGAGCUUGCUGUUUUCCUUGGUAUCUUCGGUAGCACUCGUAUGGAUCGUGCUGCUUAUGAUCGUGGAUUAAUGUGUGAGUUUUAUAGUCCAACUGGAAUUGUUCGUCGUCAAUUAGUCAGCCGGCAUAAUGUAAUGAUCAAACCUCGUCUUAACAUUGUCGCUGCCGGUCAUCCGAAACGAACAAUUGAAUGCUUGACAGGUCAAUAUCUCAAAGAAGGAAAUGAAGACGGUUUGUUUAAUCGAUUCUUAAUUGCAAUCGCUUAUAAACAUCGUCCAAAUCGUGAAUCAAUUGCAGCAAAUGAUAAAGUACCAAAAUUGCCACAUUUGUUCUUUUUGACACGUAAACUUCAUCGAAAUAUUGAAGAAUACAGCUACAGCGAUGAUGCAAAACAAUUCGUCCACGACAUAAUAUACAAUUACGACAUACUCUCAUCAGACAAAUCGAAUGAUGAUGAUUUUCUAGCAAGUUGUUACCAAAAAUCAAUGGAACGGAUCGAAAGCUUAUCGUUAGUUUUGCACGUUUUCAAAACAUCCUCGCGUCGUUUAUUUGAUCUGGUCAAUGUCGUAUCUUCGUUUGGAGUUUUGAAUGAACAAUUCAAACUAAUAUGUGCUGAGCAGCAAUUGAAUGAAGCUGAUCAUCUAAUUGAUUACGACACAUGUUUUCGUGCUUCUUUGCUAACGAAAUAUUAUCUGAACCAAACAAAAAUAUUAGGAGGAUAUGACCCAAUAAAUGAUCAUAUUUUCUCGCAUACGAAAGAUAACAAUGGUAUACCGGAAGCAGAAGUUAAACACAUAAAAGAAUAUAUUGAAAAACAUCCAUCUGAUCGAUUAUUGCUAUCAUCGCUUCCUGCAAAUUUAAAAAGAAAGAUAAGCAAAGAUCAGUAUUUGGUGAUACUUCGACAAAUGGAAGAAGAAGGUAGAGGUAAAGUCGAAGAAACGAAUAACACAACAGGCCCAAAGGCAAUUCUGUUCACGAAAACGAAAAAAACUACCGAUCAUUUAAAUGAAGCAUCGUCGACAAUUAAUUCUAAUCAAUGA